UGGACCUCACAUCUGCAAAGGAUGGAGUGCUGCUCAAUAACAAUAAGCUCCCAGCACUUUCUCACAUGAUUGCGUGAUGCAGAAAGGAAUGGAAUGCAAGUCUACCUCGGUCUAUAUUGCGGCAGAAGUGCGUUCAGGAUGCAGUUUUGAAUUUCAGUCGCUCCAUAGGCUGGUAUUGACAGCAGAGGGGUAACAUAUUGGUCAUUCUCGGCUGGGGGUAACUUGGGAGAGGGUGAACGAUGGCAGGCGCUAAACUCACGCCAUCUCCUUCGGAGAUAGACCCAGACGUCAAGACCGAGGCGACGAAAACACCGGAGGAGCCGACUUGGGUCAACCCGUCGAAGCCGAUACGAACGAUGGGCUCUUUUGGGAGUGAUGCUGGGCAAAGGUAUCAGGAGGAGUACAGUAUGGACUCUACCAACGCCCAGGUGCAGGUGGAGUUCUAUGUGAAUGAAAACACCUUCAAGGAGAGGCUCAAGCUGUUCUUCAUCAAAAACCAAAGGUCAAGCCUGAGGAUCCGUCUGUUUAACUUCUCCUUGAAGCUGUUGACGUGUGCCCUUUACGUCAUCAGAGUGGCUCUGGACGACCCUGAACAGGUCACUGGAGUAUGUGUCAACUGUCAGAAUAGAACAAGCACAGCCACAGCAGAAUCCACAGAAAUCACAGAAAUCAACUGGGAGUUGAUUUUCUGGGUGAACAGAAGGGUUCCUGUCUGGGCAAUACAGGUGACCGUGGCCUUAAUCAGUUUCCUGGAGGCGAUGCUCCUCACGUAUCUCAGCUACAAGGGGAACAUCUGGGAGCAGAUGUUCCAGAUCUCCUUCAUCCUGGAGAUGAUUAAUACCGUGCCAUUUAUAAUUACUAUCUUCUGGCCUCCGUUGAGAAACAUCUUCAUCCCAGUGUUUCUCAACUGCUGGUUAGCCAAGUGUGCCCUGGAGAAUAUGAUUAACGAUCUCCAUCGUGCCAUCCAGAGGACCCACUCUGCCAUGUUCAACCAGGUCCUCAUACUUAUCUGCACCCUUCUCUGUCUGGUCUUCACUGGGGCAUGUGGUAUCCAGCAUCUAGAGAGGGCCGGAAAGAACCUGACUCUGUUCAACUCUCUGUAUUUCUGCAUCGUCACCUUCUCUACGGUGGGCUAUGGUGACGUCACACCUCAUAUCUGGCCUUCUCAGCUGCUGGUGGUCAUUCUCAUUUGUGUGGCCCUUGUGGUGCUCCCACUACAGUUUGAGGAGUUGGCCUAUCUGUGGAUGGAGCGUCAGAAGUCAGGAGGGAACUACAGCAGACACCGGGCCCAGACAGAGAAACAUGCGGUCCUGUGCGUCAGCUCUCUGAAGAUAGACUUGCUCAUGGACUUCCUCAACGAGUUCUACGCUCAUCCUAGAUUACAGGACUACUAUGUGGUGAUCCUGUGUCCUACAGAGAUGGACAUCCAGGUGCGUCGUAUCCUCCAGAUCCCCCUGUGGUCCCAGAGGGUCAUCUAUCUCCAGGGCUCAGCACUCAAAGACACAGACCUCAUGAGGGCCAAGAUGGAUGAUGCAGAAGCCUGUUUUAUCCUGAGCAGUAGGAACGAGGUGGACCGCACUGCUGCUGAUCACCAGACCAUACUGAGAGCCUGGGCUGUGAAGGACUUUGCCCCAAACUGCCCCCUGUACGUCCAGAUCCUCAAACCAGAGAACAAAUUCCAUGUAAAGUUUGCUGAUCAUGUGGUCUGUGAGGAGGAAUUCAAGUAUGCCAUGCUGGCUCUGAACUGUGUAUGUCCAGCCACAUCCACACUGGUCACACUCCUGGUGCACACCUCCAGAGGACAGGAGGGCCAGCUGUCGCCAGAGCAGUGGCAGAGGACGUAUGGGCGUUGCUCUGGGAACGAGGUCUACCACAUCCGCCUGUGCGACAGCAAGUUCUUCGGGGAGUACGACGGGAAGAGUUUCACCUACGCCUCCUUCCACGCACACAAAAAAUAUGGUGUGUGUCUGAUCGGGGUGAAGAGGGAAGACAACAAGAGCAUCCUGCUUAACCCAGGUCCUCGCCACAUCAUGUCCGCCCCAGACACCUGCUACUACAUCAACAUCACCAAGGAAGAGAACUCCUCGUUCAUCUUCAAACAGGAGGAGAAAGACAAGAAGGGCCUGCCGGUGACCGGGCUGUAUGACGCCCCCUCCAGGCUGCCUGUACACAGCAUCAUCGCCAGCAUGGUUGAUCAGGCCAAUUUUUAUGGGACGGUCGCCAUGGACCUCCAGAACCCGGCGGACCCCCCAGAGGACUGCAGCAAACUGACCCUGCCUACAGAGAACGGGGCUGGGAGCAGACGGCCCAGCAUUGCCCCCGUCCUGGAGAUAGCUGACUCCUCCUCCAUUUUGCCCUGCGACCUGCUCAGCGACCAAUCAGAGGACGAGACCAACCACUCAGAUGAGGAGGGCUCGUCGGUGUCAGACUUUGUGAAAGGAUACCCUCCCAACUCCCCAUACAUUGGCAGCUCUCCAACCCUGUGCCAUCUCCUACCUCAGAAAGCCUCAUUCUGCUGCCUUCGGCUGGACAAGGGUUGCAGACACAACAGUUUUGAGGAUGCCAAGGCCUAUGGUUUUAAGAACAAGCUGAUCAUAGUAUCCGCGGAGACGGCAGGGAACGGCCUUUAUAACUUCAUCGUCCCUCUACGUGCUUACUACCGCCCCAGAAAAGAGCUCAACCCUAUUGUACUGCUACUAGACUACCCGCCUGACAACCACUUCCUAGAAGCCAUCUGCUGUUUCCCAAUGGUCUACUUCAUGGGCGGAACCAUAGAUAACCUGGACAAUCUGCUACAGUGUGGCAUCAUCUAUGCUGAUAACCUGGUGGUGGUGGACAAGGAGAGCACCAUGAGUGCUGAGGAGGACUAUAUGGCAGAUGCCAAGACUAUCGUCAACGUACAGACCAUGUUCAGGCUGUUCCCCAGUCUCAGUAUCAUCACCGAGCUGACCCACCCCUCCAACAUGAGGUUUAUGCAGUUCAGGGCUAAGGAUUGCUACUCCCUGGCUCUCUCCAAGCUAGAGAAGAUAGAGCGCGAUAAGGGUUCCAACUUGGCCUUCAUGUUCCGCCUGCCGUUCGCUGCAGGCAGAGUGUUCAGUAUCAGUAUGCUGGAUACGCUGCUCUACCAGUCAUUUGUAAAGGACUAUAUGAUUCCCAUAGCAAGACUUUUACUAGGCCUGGAUACCACACCAGGAUCUGGUUACCUAUGUGCAAUGAAGGUGACAGAGGAGGACCUGUGGAUCAGGACGUAUGGCAGGUUAUUCCAAAAACUGUGUUCUUCCAGUGCAGAGAUUCCAAUAGGCAUCUACCGUACAGAGUCACACAUGUUCUCCUCCUCAGAGUCUCAAGUAUCCAUCAACGUAGAGAACACUGGUGGUGACGACCAGAGAAGCAAUCGUCGCGAGUCGUGGAAGGAGAAAACAGCUCAGCGGAACUCCACCACCAGCGACCAAUCAGAACAUCCGUUGCUGAGGAAGAAGAGCCUCCAGUGGGCGCGGCGUCUGAGCCGUAAGAACACCAAGCCCCCGAGUCGCACCGAGCGGAUCUCCCAGCAGCGCCUCAACCUGUACCGGCGCUCCGAGAGACAGGAGCUGUCAGAGCUGGUCAAGAACCGCAUGAAGCACCUAGGUUUGCCCACUGUCGGAUACGAGGAUGUUGCUAAUCUUACUGCGAGUGAUGUCAUGAACCGAGUAAAUCUAGGAUAUUUACAAGAGUUGCAGGGAAUUUCAGAGCCUCCGUUAAGAGAAGAGACCAGAACAGGGGCAAACACAGAUGAGAUGAACGACCACCAGAACAGUCUGUCCUACGUUCUCAUCAACCCCCCUCCAGACACCAUGCUGGAGCUCAAUGACAUUGUCUACAUCAUCCGGUCCGACCCGCUGGCAGGGCCUGACGUGCCCGAGGAUGCGGCUCAGGGGCAGAGCAGCGGCGGCGGCCAGACGAGGCAGGACUUUGGCACAGAGACCAGGGAUGAGACCCACCUCUGAAAUCCCCGCGCCUCACCACCCCCGGACCUCUUGCCCCCUUGUCUCACCACCCCCAAACCUCUCGCCCCCUUGUCUCACCACCCCCGGACCUCUUGCCCCCUUGUCUCACCACCCCCGGACCUCUUGCCCCCUUGUCUCACCACCCCCGGACCUUCCCCCCCUUGUCUCUCCACCCCCGGACCUCUUGCCCCCUUGUCUCACCACCCCCGGACCUUCCCCCCCUUGUCUCUCCACCCCCAGACCUCUUGCCCCCUUGUCUCCACCAACCCCGACCCUCUUGCCCCCUUGUCUCUCCAUCCCCAAACCUCUCGCCCCCUUGUCUCUCCACCCCCGGACCUCUUGCCCCCUUGUCUCUCCACCCCCGGACCUCUUGCCCCCUUGUCUCACCACCCCCGG